AUGGAGGCUUUGACAACAGCGAGUAAAAUAAAAACAAGUCUCUCAAUGCAAUGGGUACCAGAUCCAAUAAUAGCUAAAAGUUUUGUUGAUGAAUUAACUUAUCAGUAUAAAUAUGGAAUCAAUGAUGAUGAAAAAAUACGUCCUGAAGUACGUCAUUUUUUAAAUUACAUUGUUCAUGAUCAUGAUGGUACAGAUAAAAGUCUGGAGAUACUCGAUUGGGAUAUGAAAAGAAUUGACGAAUUUUAUAUACCAUUUAAUGAACUUUUACAGUCAAAUAAAGAUGCUAAUUUAACAGCUCUUGAAAAUUAUUUCAACGUUGUUUUAUCAGAUCAAGAUGAUGGGAUGUGUAACGACAACAUGAUUUUGCGUCAGCAGCAUAUAUCAAAUUUUUUAAAUGUCGCGAUAAAUAAAGCAUAUAAAGGAUACUUUUUAAUAAUAUCAGCAUAUAAAUUUUUGAUAAGAAAACAUCAAGAGGAUUAUACACAUAAAAUAAACAAUGCAAUUGAAGAAGCAGAAGUACAAAUACAACGUUUUGUUGACGAUGCACGUAGUGCAAUGUUUAAAGCAUCAAGAGAUAUUCGUAAUUGUAAUACCCAAUAUGAUAUUAAGAAUGUAACAUUCACUGAAAUUGUUGGACCAUCCCAAGGAUUCGUCUUUGAUUCAUCAGCAGUUGAUAUGAAUUCCGAUUGUCGUUCAUAUAACGUUGAAUACAAAGUCAUUCAGGACUCAUGCAAAUCUGAUAAAUCAUUAUGUUUCGAGCAGACAUGUGCAGCAGAUGGUGGAGUGCUUAAAAAUUGUGAUACAAUAGGUGGUGAUGCCAUAAAAAUAUGUCCAGCAACAGAUGAAUCAAAACGUUAUUUAUCUGUUGAUACUUAUUGGGCGAAAUAUGGAAAUCAUUCAGCCACUACACAUUGCCCGAAAAAUUAUGUAUCAGGACAUGUCAUAAAGCAAUCUUCGCUUUUCAGUGAAACAACCAGUCAAUUUUGUUACUGCCAGUGUGAAAGAAAAAAAUGGAAACACGGUGAUGUUCGUGCAAUAUCUUUUCAAUUGGCUCAGGCUGAUUACUCAUCAAACAAGGUCAUUACGAGCUUAAAAUUUCGAGAAAUAGAUGGUAUGAUAUCAUUGGCUGCACAGCACGGAGUUCUUUUACCUGGUGGAAUUAUUGAUCAAAAGACAAUUCAAUGGGUUAAGACAUCAUAUCGAAAAAUAAUGGACCAUCAAGAUGUUGUUCCAGAAUAUCAGUAUUAUCGCUAUAAUGAUCGACAAAUUAUCAAUGAACGAAUAUUGAAAGUUGGAAAAGAUUUUUUGUAUAUAACAUCUGGUCUAUCAAUAAAUCUUGAUGACAUAACUGUUCCUCCAGGUCAUGUUGUCAUAGGUGCUAAAUUAAAUAAAUCUGAGGUUGUUGAUGACAAAGAUCGUGAUGUACUUGAAUUGGUUGUUUUGUCAAUGGAAUUUAAUAUUUAUACAGGUAAAUUAGAUAAUUCACAGCCACAUUACACCUCAGCAACAAAAUUCAUGAUGAAAAAACUUGGCCACACAAAAAGACAAAUGAUUGAUCUUGGCGAGGCUGGAAAUCCAAUAACAAUGCAAGGAAGCAACAAUAAAAUUUCAGCUGCUCAUAGUAAAAUUAAAUUUCAACCAACCGAUGAAAAAAAAGAUCUUGGUCAAUCAAUUGUUCCAUUUAUUGAUAUACGCGAUACGAGUUCACUAUCAUUAUCAUUGCCAUUAUCUUCUGUUGGUCUUUAUCACCGUGGAGCUGAUGGCUCUGGAGGAUUUAUUGGACUCAAAUUUCAAUCCUCUGAUAUUAGUGGCUAUUUCGAAAAAGUAAUUAACGAUAAUACAAGUGCUUAA